GCGACUCUGCUAUUCGUUCAGAGUGCUUGGAGGAAAAGGCUGGCACCGCAGUUCCGGGGUCGUUUUACAAAUCUGUGUUUUCAAGAGUGGCAUACAUAUUCAACUCCAUUCCUGCUGUCAGUAGUGUAGCACUUAGUGUGUAAACUUGAUCACAAUGGCUCUUCUUGUGGAGCAUCAGUUUAAACAGCUUCCUGCCGACAAAAAGGUGGAAACCAGAUCAUUCUUAGAGGCGGUAUCAUAUCUUCCGCCAUUCUUUGAUUGUCUUGGUUCCACCAUUUUCGCUCCAAUCAAGGCAGAUGUGGCGGGGAACAUCACAAAAAUCAAAGCGGUUUAUGACAGCAAUCCCACCAGGUUUAAGACCCUGCAACAGAUCGUAGAGGCAGAGAAGGAGAUGCAUGGAUCCCAGUGGCCCAGAGUUGGAGCUACCUUGGCUCUGAUGUGGCUGAAGAGGGGACUAAAGUUCAUCCAAGUGCUCCUCCAGAGCUUGGUGGACGGGGAGAAGGACGAGAACAACCCCAACCUCAUCCGUGUCAACGCCACCAAAGCCUACGAGUUAGCCCUGAAGAAGUACCACGGAUGGCUCGUGCAGCAGCUCUUUAAGGCCGCUGUUUUUGCCGCUCCCUACAAGUCCGAUUUCCUGAAAGCCCUCUCCAAAGGACGGGAGGUCAAAGAAGAGGACUGCCUGGAGAAAGUCAGACAGUUUCUAGUGAACUUCACUGCCACUGUGGACACCAUCUAUGAGAUGUACACCAGGAUGAACGCCGAGCUAGAAUACACAGUGUAGUGAGCGUGCAUGGCUUCGCCUCUGACUGGGCAGCAUGUUUCACAUGCUUGUCGAACGUCCUUGUUUUUGCAGAUGCGAGAGAAUGGGUCAAAAGUCCUGAAAAAAAAUCUGACCUAAAAUAAGUUUGGAUCAUCACCUCAAGUCAAAAAUAUAAAUUUUUUUAAUCAUUUUUUAUAUAGAUUAUGACAUUACUUACAAAAAUAGAUAAAUCCUGAAAAUAUACCAUAUGGUUAUAUAUGGUAUGCAUCAUUAACAUCAGCAGGAUAAUACUGCUGUCCACAUCUAAAAUACUGAAGUGAAAUAGGAAUUCUAUUCUAUACAUUCUGAUGGCCAAACUUAGCAACAGUAAAUGAGAGGUGAUGUUUGCCCUCUGAAGCAGUGCCAGGCUGUAUUUUCAACAAAUGUAAUGCUACUAACCAAAAUCCUCAUGGAAUUCAGGUAUCCGCAGGUGUGUGUCCAAUCUCUAGGUCAAUACUUCCUCUGUGGUAUUUCCUAGGUGUGGCUCCAAUUUGCAAAAAAUAUGGCCCGGGGAUUGGUGGAUUCCUCUGGUUCAUAAGACAAUCCAUUUAUGGAGGGCUCCGAGAUCUGGUGUUGUAGUACACAGACCCUGUGUACGCUGUGUCCAUCUCUCACCUGCAAUUAUUGAUGUUGUUAGCCCUGCGAUCAUGCUGUUAACCACUCACAGAUCAUGCUGUUAACCAAUCACAGUCUGUUUCUGAAGUUUCCAUUUGUCUCACAGGCAGAACACUUGAAACAGUAAGUUAGCACUUUCACAGAAUAGAGAGUUUGUUGUUCGUGGAAUAACUGAAUGGUUACCAAUACCAAAAAUGUUGUAUUUAUUAUUUUUAUGUCAUUACUGUAAUCAUUUCAAUGCUAUAUUUAAUAUAUUAUGUUAAGUAUUUAUUGGAAGUAACUUCUCUUACUUGAGAAACCUAUUUUGCUAUUUGAAAUCAUUUUUUAUCUUCUUUAGCUAGAACUAAUGCUACUCCUGAAAACUCUACAUUCCAGUUCCAGGAGUUUGUGUAGGUUUAGUAAUCGGUACAUCUAAGUAACUACAGAAUGAUUGCAUGUGUGGAAAUAGUUGAUUGAUUCUUAUCUUGGCUAUUGUAUUACUUAGGUAGAUGUUAUCUUAACCAGUUAUAAUCUGAUUGUGUUUGGGAUUGAAAUGACAAAGUGACCUUUUGAUAGUAAGGUUAUUGAUGUAGAACACUAUUGUUGACCUUAUUUAACCAGACAAUUACAUUGUUGAUUACUUUCAUGUUUUAGUGUGAUAACAAAAGUAUUUCAUGAUGCAGUAUUCAAUAGGUAUGACGUUUGUUGAUCAGGGAUUAUAAAAGGGUUUGCCUUCGCAAGGGCUGCUGGAGGGUUUCUUAGAACAAAGCACACCAAACUGUGCCUUCAGCUGGUUGCAAACAGUUUAUUUAGGCCUAUAAUGUAAACCUAGGAGCGGAACUGCAACACUGAGUACAACCAGUCAGUCCUAGUUUAGACAUGAGUAACUUCCAGCAUGUUCUUAGAUACCCUGUUCCAACAAUGCUAAAUGGUGUUCUCUACUCAAUUAUUUGAGACCGUUUUUUCACGUACCUUUGAAGGACUUUGUCUUCAUAAUGCUGUGUUCGUUUAGGAUAUUUAAACUAGUAUCACGUGUAUAGAUACAACCUUGUUGAAGUGCUACAGGAAACCACUGGAGUAAACUAGCAGAACGGUGAUAAACAAGACUUGAGAAGCUAAUCAUUAUUUGAUGGUAGUUUGGCCUGUUGUUAUUUUAUAGUGUCUUGACACUGUGUAAUGAACUGCCUUGGUUUUGCUAUAAGAAAUGUAUUUUAACUGAUGUUAUGCGUGUUCCAGACAUGCAUACUAUUGGUUUGUUUUGAACACUCAAUAUAUUUCUCUUUCUCCAACCAAAUACGGUACAGAUAUUCAAUUGCAGUGAAAUUGUCUGCAUAAUACUAUUUUUUCAUCGUGUUGUUAUGAACAUUUUUAAAAUAAACUAUUACGAUGU